AUGCCGUUGCUAGGCAACAGAGGAGCACCCUCAGACCUUCCUCUGGACAAAGUGGUCAGCAAGAGAGUUGCUGCAGCACAGAGGACCUUAGCCACUGUGGACGCCAAGUUCCCUGGGGACAGAGGCCUGCCUAAAGCCUACUGGGCCGCCAGAGGGCUCGGAGAACGCAAGGCGGGCCGAGCCCCGCUGCGCCUGCGCCGUGCCGGCGCCGGCGCGAGCCCGAGCGCGCACGAGUCUGAGAUCCUCCCUUUCCCGAAUCCGGAGAGGAACUUCGUCCUGCCAGAGGAGAUCAUCCAAGAGGUCCGGGAAGGAAAAGUGCCCAUUGAGGAGGAGAUGAAAGAGGAAAUGAAGGAAGAUGUGGACCCCCACAAUGGGGCUGAUGAUGUGUUUGUAUCUUCAGGAAGCUUGGGGAAAGCAGCGGAAAAGUCCAGCAAAGAGAAAGAGAAGAACUCCUCAGACCUAGGAUCCAAAGAAGGGGCGGACAAGCGGAAGCGCAGCCGGGUCACCGACAAGGUCCUGACAGCAAACAGUAACCCUUCCAGCCCCAGUGCUGCCAAGCGACGUCGGACGUAG